CAUCAAGUCUCGGGCUUAAAUUAUUUUCACACAUUUCAAUUUUUCUAAAAGAUACGAAAUCACUACCGAAAGAACAUAUUUUCAAUGAAACUUUUUGCAAGGGUCAAGUUUGCAAAGCAUCAAUUUCAAUCUGUAGAGUCAAGUUGUCACCGUGACAACCAUUCAACGAAUCACAUUGGGUGUCGUCAUUGGUUAUAUAAUGCAGUCAGUUAUAAUGAAAUACUGUGUACGGAUUGGCUGGAAUCGGACACACCUUGCCUAGCUAUGUGUGAAUGGAUUAACCAAUAUAUUCUAAUAUUUUAACAUUCUUUUGUUUGCAGAUGUCUGAACGACAACUUAGUAUCCUAAAGGGAGAGGAGAAUGAUAACGCGGGUGACUUCAUUCAUAAAGUAUUUGAAAACACUGUUAAAGGCACAAUUGAAACAUCAAAUGGAAUGAAACCAAUUGAAAAUCAAAUGGCUGUUCGAUUUGGGGAGGAAACUCUGACAUUUGGACGGCUCAACAAAAGGGCGAAUAUGGUUGCUCGAAUUGUACUGAAACGAAUGGUGGAUAACGGUAUAGAAGUGUUGAAUUCUCCAGACAAAACAAUAUCCGUGUUUAUGGAACCCAGUGCAAGACGAGUGAUCGCCUUAAUCAGCAUACUGAAACUUGGAGGUGCAUAUGUCCCUAUGAGUUCUGUCUUUCCUCCAAAACGUUUGCAGUACAUAUUGGAUGAAGGCAAACCGAUUUGCAUAUUUGCAUGUGGAUCUAAUGCAAACAAUCCGACCAUCCAAGCAGUCCCUGUGUUUAACAUAGACUCGAUACUUGAUGAAAUUGAAGCUGACUCUUGUACAACUGUUGAAGAUACCAAUUUGACUGAUGCCGAUUUUGCCCCAAUGAAAGAUGGUCUUACGGGGGAAAAUCCACUGAUUUGCACACUGUUCACCUCGGGAAGCACCGGCACCCCAAAAGGAGUGAAGCUGACCCAUGACAGUCAGCUGAACAUAGUCAAUUAUUACUGGGAUAAAACCCCAUUCAAGCAAGAUGAGACUGGAUGUGCCUUGUUAGACUUGUUGUUUGUGGAUUCAAUUAGGGAAAUGUACACAUGGUUACUGAAGGGACGACCCUUGAUUAUUUUACCACAGGCGGUGAAACAAGAUCCCGAGAUGUUGAUCAAAGCAAUUGAGCAAUAUAACAUCACCAGACUAGCCUGUGUUCCGGUCCUUUUGCGAAAUAUGUUGGUCUGUCUCAAUAUGCAUUCCAUCAAGAACCGCUUGUCCCAUCUCAAAUUUAUCAUCCUCGGAGGUGAGGUUGUACCAAGUGUUCUCGUUCGAGAUUUCUUCAGUUAUUUCUCUGAUGGACACACCCUCAUUAACGGUUAUGGCUGCACGGAGACAGCGGGCGAUACUACCAUCGAUAUAUUCUCAUCGUUGGAAGAUGCUGAGAAAAAAACGAAUGAUCACAUCAUGUCGAUUGGAGUCCCAAUAUACAAUACGAAUGUGUAUAUCGUUGAUGAGAAGUUAGAGCCAGUACCCAUGGGUGAGAUUGGAGAAGUGUUAUGCAGUGGAGUUUGCUUAUCAACUGGCUAUACUGAUACAAGCAGAAUGAACGUGUUUGUCAAAAAUACAGUCCUACCAAGCCAAGGCCAUGAACUUCUGUUCAGAGUGGGAGAUUUUGGAAAGAUAGUAGAUGGGAGAAUAUUCUACCAAGGUCGAAGAGAUUUUCAGGUGAAAAUCCGGGGAUACAGAGUAAAUGUCUCAGAACUUGAAAGUGUCAUGCAGAGUCAUCCUGGAGUUGACCAGGCCACAACUAUAGUUCAUAACUCUGUCAGUGGUAUGAUAACGUUAGUAGCUUUCUACACUGCUAUCGAGGAAAAAGAAGCCAGCGUUGAAUCAGUUACUGAAUUCUGCUCACAAUAUCUUCCAACGUACAUGAUGCCGCACUUUGAGAAAAUUGAUAAAUUUCCUAUUCAAGCGAUUGCCGGGAAAAUUGACCGAAUGGCAUUGAAGGCAAUGUACGAAAACAAGUUCAAUGAAACAGUCGUAGAAAGUAAUACAAUACUACAUCAAUAUAAACAAGACGAGUUUGGUAUGAAGGUAUUGGAGUCUGUUGCAAAGGUCAUCGAAAUUCCGGUGACCAAACUCAUAAUCACAAAAGAUUUCUUUCAGAAUGGAGGGACAUCAGCAAACGCUAUGUACACAAUAGCUGAUAUGAAAUCGAAAGGAGUCUUGCUAACGGUUGCAGAUUUUCUAGGCUCAUCCAGCCUUCAUGAUCUUAUUGAAACACUGAGGCAAAAGAAAGACAACAAUGUCCCAGCGUCUGUCAUAGACACUGAUACAUAUGAAUUGGUUAACAUCUGUACAAAUUCUAACUAUAAAGACCAAGCGAUGGUCGUUCUCUCUGAUGCCUUCAUUAGAAAAGAUUUGCUGAUCAUUGAUGUUGGAUGUACAUUUGAGCAAUACAUGCAUCAUCUGAAAACAUUCUGGCCAAUUUUGGAACAAGAUAAUAUUUCCAUGGGAGUCGUAAACAGAGUCACUGGUAAAGUUGUUGCUGCUGGAAUGCUACUCAGCUCUGAACUCGACUACGAAGUUGCAGUUGAACCAGAAUUACUGUAUCCUAUAGCUGCUUUGGUAAUGCAAGCUGAGGAACCAGCAAGGAAGGCAAUUGCUGAGCUUGGUGGUAAGUGGUUGUGGUCAGGUUCGGUGGCCACUGCAAAAUACGUUUCUGAUGCUGAGAAUAUCCGACUGAUACAUAUGCUCGAGGUGGAAACAAUGCGGGUUGCAAGGAGUUUGGGAUACACUGGUCUUAUAACAGUCAACACACACCCCGUGACUAUAGCACUAGCUGAAUUAGAGUUUGGAUGGAAGACAAUUGUUAGAGUUCCUGCCAAGAACUUUGAAUAUGAGGGGAAAGCAUACUUCACAAAGGUGGAAGAUGACUUCGUGGUUGCAGCACAGAUAAAGCCAUUGAACUAA